AGCAUGUCUGGUUUUAAACCAAUCCACCCUGCGCGAGCCCCUCCAACAGCCUCCCCUGUCUAUCCCGCGGUAAAAGUUGAUACGCCAUCGUCAAAACGGAGAAGGAACAUCUCGGUAGCCUGUCAAGCUUGUCGGCAGCACCGACGGAAGGUAUGUCCUUCCUUGUGCCCAGCUUAUUAUAGCUCCUCGCCCGGUGGCCAACCAUGCGUCAAUUGUCGAGUGCAAAAUCUCGAUUGCGUCAUUGCCGCCCACCUGGAUGGACGCCGAAAGGAACGGCUAAAGCGACGAAUUCAGGAGCUUGAAAGUGUCAACGAGGUAUUCACCGAAUUAGUACGCACCAUCCGGCAAAAACCUCACUCAAAGGCCGACACUCUUAACAUAUUGAUCGACUUCAUUCGAAAUUCCAACGAUCAAUCCCUGGAGGAAGGGAUUCGACUAAUCCGGGAAAAUGGGUCUUUGAAGGAUAUUACUCAACACGCACGAAUCAUCCUCACGUGUCAUCGGGAGACCAGCAGGUCCUCUGCUGGCAUCAGGCAUGACAUUAUGAGCAUUUCAUCCUUGACCAAUACGCCUCCUUUGCAACUUCCCGCACAACCUUGGACCAAUGUAACAACCGAUGAUGUCGCCGUUUCCCAUCUCAUAUCGACAUACCUUGCCUGGCAAUAUCAUCAGUAUCCUUCUCUGAUACCCAACAUCUUUCUAAGGGCAAUGAAAGCGAAAGAUCUGUCAAGUCAACUCUGCUCUCCUCUUCUGGUCAACGCUAUUCUGGCAAUUGCAUGC